AUGAAUAAUCUUUAAGUUUGCUAUGAAUUAUUAAAUGAUAGUUAUCGGAAUUUCUUCUUAGGUUUUGGAGGUAAUCCAACAAUUAUUUUUCAUUACUCAUUUAUUAAAGAAAAUUCUUGUAAUUUAAUUAUAUCAAAGAUUUUCUAUAGAGGGUAAUUUUAGAGAAGUCUAAAAUGUUGGUGUCUAAGUGUUUUUUGAAAAUAGUUUAUAUGCUAUAAUAGCAUUAUCAUAUUUUAUUACUUAUUGGAGAUGGUUAACAGUUUCUAUUGUAAUACUAUCUGUUUUUCUAAAUAUUGGUAACCUUUUGAUUUUUAUAAUUUUUAUACACAAAGAAAAUAUAUGUAAAGAUUCUAAAUUAAUUUGCAAAAUUAAAUGGGACUUAAUAAAUCAAAAUAGAUGA